CGCGGCUCUAAUCCUGUGUGGGAUAUCUGUGCCACCCACCACCAACGCACCCUUCAGCACACCGUCACCAGCAGGACCCCUUCUCAAAGUCUGGGAGCUGAGGAGGCAUUCAGUCACAAAGGAGGACAUUACCAUUCACCUUUUGGAUUGUUGUUGCUUCUGCUGAUAAUCCCGUGGAGCUGGAAUUGGACUCUAAUUCUAUCAGGACAUCCAGUUCCUCUACACUCCUUGUCAUCACAUCAGCAGCUAUCACCUGCACUGCCUCAUUGUACUCCCUCCAUCACCACCAACACCUCCACUCUCUGGAUGGUCCUCUGCUGGAUGAGACCCUGCUGUGUGGAGGUUGCCAGGUUAGACUAUUGAGGUGCUAGAUGUCCAUCUUCUGACGGCAGAAUGGUCAGGCCAGGCUGUCCAGUCAUUCUGCUCCAACUCUUCAGCAUCUUUAUACGGACAGGAGCUACUACUCAGGAUAUCUUGUAUCCAUAUGGACCCGGCCAUAGGGAUCUAGAAACCCCAAAGAUGGAUGAUGGAAGUUCACCUGAAAUUACUUUGCUUAUUCCCUUCAUUUUCUUCAAUAUCCCCUACCGUUCCAUCUACGUCAACAACAAUGGUGUGGUGUCCUUCCACGUGCAGGUUAGCCAGUUCACACCAGAAGCUUUCCCUCUGAGUGACAGCAGAUCAUUUAUUGCUCCACUUUGGGCCGAUGUGCACAAUGGCAUCCGCGGAGAUGUGUACUACCGAGAGUCCACUGAACCGGGAAUACUGGAACGGGCAACACAAGAUGUCCGGAAGUACUUCAAAAACAUGCCCACCUUUACAGCCACCUGGGUCUUUAUUGCAACAUGGCACCAGGUCACCUUCUAUGGAGGAAGUCAGACAACCCCGGUGAACACAUUCCAAACUGUACUAAUCUCAGAUGGCAUGGCGUACUUCAGUAUGUUCAACUAUGGAGAAAUCACGUGGAGCACAGGAACAGCCAGUGGUGGAGAUCCAUUAACAGGACUGGGUGGAACGACGGCUCAGUCAGGUUUUAAUGGUGGAGACAUUGGUCACUUCUUCAACCUGCCAGGAUCACGGUCUAAUGAUGUCGUGAACAUUGAACAGACAACCAAUGUGAAUAUCCCUGGGCGCUGGUUCUUCCGUGUUGACACUGAACUGAUAGAUCCUGCCAAUGGCUGCAGCUACAAUGGGCGUUACUACAGACGAGGGGAAAUCUUCUGGCUGUCUGACCAGUGUUCACAGCGAUGCCGCUGCCUUGACAUUCACAAUGAGGUGCAGUGCCAAGAAGCUCCAUGCGGGCAGCUAGAGACCUGCGAGCAGCAGGAAGGGGCCUUUUACUGCCAGCCGACCCGCACCAGCACUUGCGUGGUAUUUGGCGAUCCUCAUUACCAUACCUUCGAUGGCUUCCUCUAUCACUUCCAGGGAACCUGCUCCUACCUGCUGGCUCGACCCUGCUGGGAGGUGGCAGGGUUACCCUUCUUCAGCGUGGAGGCCAAAAAUGAAAACCGUGGCGUCACCUCUGUUUCUUGGCUCAGAGAUGUCACUGUUGAGGUGUAUGGUCACAGAGUCAUGUUGCCCAAAGGCAGUCUUGGGACAGUCCAGGUGGACGGCUUGAUGAAGACUUUACCUGUCCAACUCCAGCUCGGUGCCAUCAGGGUGUAUCAGUCUGGGGUUGCCAUUGCUUUAGAAACAGACUUUGGACUCUUAGUUACCUAUGAUGGCCAACAUUAUGCAUCCAUCUCCCUACCCAGCUCCUACUUCAAUAACACUUGUGGCCUUUGCGGUAACUAUAAUGAUGACCCUGCCGACGAUCCUGUGCUUCCUGACGGCUCUCUAGCAGAAAGCGUUGUGGAGUUGGGAGGAAGCUGGCGAGCGGAGGACACUGACUGGCGGUGUACAGACGGCUGCGCCCAGAAUUGCAGCGUGUGCGACCCUCUUACAGAAGCCUUCUACUUUCGCUCAGACUACUGUGGGCUCAUAAACAAAACUGAUGGACCUUUCAGGGACUGCAGAGCUGUAGUGGACCCUACAGCCUUUGUGUACAGCUGUGUGUACGACAUGUGCAGCAACAGGGAUAAUAUCACCACACUCUGCCAGGCCAUCCAGGCCUAUGCUCUGGCCUGUCAGGCACUUGGUGUCACGAUACGCCCAUGGAGAUCUCGCACCUUCUGUGCUUUGUCAUGUCCAGAUUUCAGCCAUUACCAAGUGUGCACAAGCGCCUGUCCAGCGUCCUGCUCAGACCUCACCGCCCCCCUGUAUUGUGCUCACCCCUGCACUGAGGGCUGCCAGUGUGACGAUGGCUACGUUCUCAGCGGCAGCCGUUGCGUACAACGUGAAGACUGUGGCUGUGAGCAUAACGGCCUCUAUUACCCUCUUAAUAACACUUUCUGGGCAGGCCCCAGCGGUGAAGAAGGUGAAUGUACCCUCCUCUGCAGCUGCGGGCCCGCUGGGGAAGUCUCCUGUUUCAACGAGUCCUGUAGGGAGGGUGAGGUGUGCGUAGCCGAGGUGGGCUUGCUUGGUUGCUACCCACGGAGGGAGGGAGUCUGCUCAAUCACCCAGAACUCAGUGACAUCCUCCUUUGACGGGACCUUCGUGCUGUUCCCAGAUGACAGCUCCUACUACCUGCUUAAGUUGUGUGGUGCUGUGCCAGCUAACGGUUCAGUGGUGGAGGUAAAGAUGGGCAGACGACUGGUGAACAAAGGCCCUUCUUGGAAAAGACCUGUCGUGGUAACAGUGGCUAAUCUGGAAGCUCAGAUGGGAGGGAGUGAUUUUGAUAUAGUCAAGGUAAAUGGUGAACCAGUGGGGCUCCCAUACGUCCAUCCCAUGGAGACAAUGAUGAUCUACAAAGCACCAGGCAAUGCUACUGUGGUGGAGUCCCACGGUCUGCUUCGUGUCAGCUACACACGCCAGGGAUUCCUCAACAUUUCCCUCUCCACUCUCUUCUACAAUGUUACUUGUGGUCUUUGUGGCGUCUUCAACAGCAACUCAACGGAUGACCUUCGCCUUCCAAAUGGACGCUUGGCUGAGUCUACAGAACAGUUCACGGAGGGCUGGCGGUCCAUCGCAGAUGACCUCACCUGUAAUGGUGACUGUGACGACCUGUAUCGAAUGUGCACAGACUUGCGUCUCUAUCAGAGUCCUUGGAUGUGUGGAAACAUCAACGACCCGGGGAAUAGUUCAUUUCUGGCUUGUCAUGCUGUGGUCAACCCCUCACCGUUCUUCAGGAACUGCUUGUAUAACAUGUGCGUAAAGGAAGGGAAUCGUUCAGCCCUGUGUUCUUCACUACAGGCAUACGCCACCGCCUGUCAGGAUGCUCAAGUAGGCCUCGCUUCAUGGAGGAGUGCCACCAACUGCCCUCUUCCCUGUCCAGAGAACAGCCACUUCGAGGAGUGCACUAGCGCCUGCCCUCUGACCUGCUCCAACCUGGAUGAACCUGAGGAGCCGUGCCCUCUGCCCUGCCAGGAGGGGUGUCAGUGCGAGGAAGGCUUUGCGCUGCGCGACGGCCUGUGUGUGGCACGCAGCGAUUGUGGCUGCAUGAGCCAUGGCCGCCAGCUGGCCACCAAUCAGACUUUCUGGACGGACUGGGAGUGCCAAGAGCGCUGUUACUGCAACGGCUCAGACAACAGUGUAUACUGUCAGCUGGCGCCCUGUCACCUUGAGGAGUACUGCCAGGAGAGUGAUGGCCUGUAUUUCUGCCUGCCACGCACUGAGGCCCUGUGUGUGGCAGCGGGUUAUGGACACUUUCUGCCAUUUGGUGGCGUACCAUUUGAGUUGCAGAGCUCUUGCACUCUCAGGAUGGCCACCACCCACUGUGGUAGAGAGAGUAGAGACCCUGCGGCCACCAAUGGAGCUUUUCCCGAAUUUAAACUGGCAGCUCGUAAUGAGGAGAGGGACACAGGCCAGGCUAUCUGGGUGAGGGGAUUUGUACUGGAGGUCUAUGAGUAUGAGAUCGAAGUGUCUCGAAGCUACAAAAACACCGUCACGGUGAAUAAGGAGCGUUUGUACCUCCCUCUGAAGCUGGGCCCGGGGAAGGUCAACAUCUUUACCUGGGGCAUGCAGCUCAUCCUGGAGACAGAUUUUGGCCUGAAGGUGGCCUUUGACUGGAACACCCUCCUCCUCUUGACGUUGCCGCGUGACCUCUACAACGCCUCCUGCGGCCUCUGCCAGGGCGUGCCCUUAUCCCCGCCCACCCUCACGACCACCGAGUGGGGCAUGGCCUGGGCAGAGAGGGACAUCUUCUGCCAGGUGGGCUGUGGAGACUCGUGCCCUCGCUGUGGCAUGGGAGAGAAAACCGUGCCGAACGACGGCCCUCUCAUGGUGGCCGAUGGCAACAUUGACGCAGGCGAGGGAGGGAAUGAAAUCAACACAGGCAUGCGUUUCCACAUCGGGGAUGGACUGUAUGUGUUUGUGGAGCCGGAGGCCGUGAGGCUGUGCGGGCUGAUCAUUGAUCGAGGAGGUGUGUUUGCACGUUGUCACAGUAAGGUGGCGCCAGUGUUCUUUUAUCAGAGCUGCCUGCAGGACACCUGCUUGGACCAGGGAGCUCAGGAUACGGUCUGUAACUGGCUACAGAUUUAUGCCAGCACCUGUCAAACCCAAGGGGUGCCUGUUACCGGCUGGAGGAGUGACACACCAUGUGUCCAGAGCUGUCCACCUAACAGCUACUACUCGAGCUGCGUGCCGGCGUGCCCGCCCCAGUGCGCCCCCGCCCGCGGCCAGAGGGACUGCAGCCAGGACUGUGUGGAGGGCUGCCAGUGCGACCAGGGCUACGUGCUCAACGGCAAGAACUGCAUCCUGCCGCAGAACUGCGGCUGCUACACUGAUGGCAAGUACUAUGAGCCCAAACAGCUGUUUUGGAACAGCGAUUGCACCAAACGGUGCCAGUGCAUCGGACGAAACCUGAUCCAGUGCGACCCGCGGCGCUGUAAGGCAGAGGAGGAGUGCACCCUGCGCUACGGCGUGAGGGGCUGCUUCGCACGGCGCUCCCAGCACUGUGUGGCAUCAGGCGGUGGAGUUUUUAGGACCUUCGACGGGGCCUCGCUGAGGCUGCCGGCCUCCUGCUCUUUCGUCUUGUCCACAAACUGUCACAAGCUGCCCGACCUCUCCUUCCAGCUCAUCGCUAACUUUGACAAAUGGAGCACACCCAACCUCACCACCAUCUCUCAUGUCUACCUUUACAUCAACGAGGAGAAUAUACUCAUCUCUGGCAGCACUGUCAAGGUCAAUGGGACACCAGUAUCGGUCCCAUUUCUAACCGGGCUGAUGACUCGUCUGUCCACGUCCGAAGGCUUCAUCGUCAUCGACACGCCCCAGGACAUCCAGGUUCGAUACAACCACUUUAACACCCUGAGCAUCACCAUGGGCCAGCGCCUGCAGAACAAGGUGUGUGGCCUCUGCGGGAACUUCAACGGAGACCCCAGUGACGACUACAUCACCUCCAGAGGCAAGCCGGCUGUCAGCGCCCUGGAGCUGGCACAGAGCUGGAAGACCAACGGUAUGCAGAACAGUUGUGAUGAAACCCAGUACGUGGCUCUGGCUCAGUCCUGUGACAACACAGCGGUGGUGGCGCUGCAGAGUGAGGAUGCCUGUCAGAAGCUCACGCAGCUGAAGGGUUUCUUCCAGCCGUGCCACGGCCUGCUCGACCCCCGGCCCUUCUACCAGUCCUGCUACCUGGAUGGCUGCUACAAUCACCGGAAGGCUCAGGUCUGUGGCUCGCUGGCUGCCUACGCAGAGGCCUGCCGCUCCCUGGGCACCCUCACCACCAAGUGGAUCACCCAGGAGAACUGCUCAGAAUGGAUCUACGACCCCUGUGCAGGAGAGAUCUGCACAAACUUCACCUGUGAGCUGGAGAACGGAGGCGACCUGUGUGGCUGUCCUGAGUUACCCACCAGCACUGGAGCAGAUGAUGACAUCAUCCAGGCGGAGGUGACCUGUAAGCACGCUCAGAUGGAGGUUUCCAUCUCCAAGUGUAAACUCUUCCAGCUGGGUUUUGAACGGGAGGACGUCAGGAUCAACGACGAGCACUGCGCCGGCAUCGAGGGAGAGGACUUCAUCUCCUUCCACAUCAACAACACCAAGGGACACUGCGGCUCCAUCGUCCAGUCGAACGGCACACACAUCAUGUAUAAGAACACUGUGUGGAUCGAGAGUGUGAACAACACGGGCAACGUCAUCACCAGGGACAAAACCAUCAACGUGGAGUUCUCCUGCGCCUACGAACUGGACCUGAAGAUCUCGCUGGAGACCGUCCUCAAGCCCAUGCUCAGUGUGAUAAACCUCACCUUACCGACGCAGGAGGGAAACUUCAUCACGAAGAUGGCUCUAUAUAAGAACUCCUCGUACCGCCAUCCGUACAGGGAGGGCGAGGUGGUGCUCAGCACUCGAGACAUCCUUUUCGUGGGCGUGUUCGUUGAGGGCGCAGAUGAAAACCAGCUCAUCCUCAUCGUAAACAUGUGCUGGGCCACGCCAUCCCGCUACAGCAGCGAUCGCCUCCGUUACAUCAUCAUAGAGCGAGGGUGUCCAAACAUUAAGGACAACACCAUCGGUAUGGCAGAGAAUGGUGUGUCGCUCACCUGUCGCUUCCACGUCACUGUCUUCAAGUUCAUCGGGGAUUACGACGAGGUCCACCUCCACUGUGACGUCUCCCUGUGCGACUCCGAAACGAACGCCUGCAAAGUGAACUGUCCACACAAGAGAAGAAUGUACUCCGAGGACAGCGACCAUAAAGAGCACAUACUGUCCGUUGGGCCAAUAAGAAGGAGGGAGUCACACUGGUGCGAGGACAACAAUGGCGGCUGUGAGCAGAUGUGCACCAGUAAGACGACCGGACCGGUCUGCAGCUGUGUGACUGGGAUGCUGCAACGAGAUGGGAAAAGCUGCAGGACUGUGAGCUCGAGCUGUAGCCUGACUCCGACAGUUUCUCUGCUGAGCGUCGGCGCUGUGAUCUCCACGUUCCUGGCUCUGAUUCAUGCUCUCCUCUUAUAACAUCCUGUGAGCGCAGGAAAAGCACAGCCACGUGGAAAAGAGAAAAGACUUGAAGAUGCACAAAGUAUCAGCGUUUAUUAGCCAGUAGAUCAGCUGUGAACCAGACAGAAUAUCUAGACGGAAUACACAUUCGUACAUGUUUGAAUCCAAAUAUUACCAGUGCCACUGAAGGUACACAAAAGUGGGCCAGCUUUUUAGACGUGCGGACAAUUGAUCCUACUGGAACUCUUUAAGUUUCACCACUCUUUGUGUCAUUCUUCACCUCUUCCAUUAUUCACAUAUGUCAGGACAAGCCACUUUUUUCUUUCAUUAUAACAUCUUUAUUGAUUAUUCUUGUGUUUUUUUUGUGAAUGCAUUAGUUCCACCAAAGUGUCUUUGUUCAAUAUGAUCACUAGAUGGCGACAAAGUCAGAAAUGCUCUAGUCCUGCACCUUUUGGGUUGAAGGUGUAAUUAAUGUCCGUUACAUAAGGGAACAGUGGAAUGUGAACCCAGCACACUGUUCACACUUCCAUGCCCAUCCAACUCCCUGACCUCCACACUCUUACUUUAGACUGGUAUCACAUUGUAAUCUGCAUUUUGAACUAGACAUUGCCACUGAAUGUAAAUUGGUAAUGGGUAAUUGCAUAAUGAACACAAUUGCGAGGAAUCAGGGUGGCAUUAUCUGAGCACACGUAGUCACAUGCCUUCGCCAUCCGAUGAUAGUCAGUGUUCUUGAAUCUGCCCACCUCAGUGUGCAAAAAUUUGGUAGUUGGAGCUGACCAACAAUAAAGUGGAGCGUCUCCCCAAAUCCACAAUUCACCGGUUCCACAUGAGGCCUCAAGUCUGUAAGAAUGAUUUGUUUUAAUGACUGGUUGAUCGUCUGAGAAGAAUUUGGUAAUGGAUUCAUCACUUUAUAUUAUAUUUUAUUUUAUUUUUUCAUGUAUUGAAAUGCUACAAAAUUCUCUAGUUGCAGCUUCUCAACUGUGAGAAUGUUCAGCUUCAUGAUAGUCAAUGGUAGUUAUUGAGACUUUAUGAUAGUGAACUGAACAUCUUUGAGUUUUAAGCAGGUGGUCAGAGCAAAGCAGCAGACCUAUACUAGUUGAAAAUAUCAGUCAGUCAGUCUCCAUGAGAAAGAGAGUUCUCAUUUAAGCUGCUCACUGAACAGCACCUCACAGUGUCCAUUUCUGUCCAAAUCCACAAUUCUCUGCAUGAAAGAAAUGGGUAUGUAUGAUGUAUGUCCUGUAGGAUUCACUCCACAAGUCCAGAGCGGGGAAAUUUUGAGGGAAUUAGUGGAGAAGCUUGCUAACUCUAGUGCUAGUUUGGAUCUCCCUGUUGGUAAAGUGACCCUUUACUUCUGUAGCCUGAUGUUAAGCCUUACCCAACAUGAACAAAUAUGGUCCUUGUGUGCAACGCCGUGAACAACGAUGCCAUGAUUAAUCUCUGACCAAUGGCUAUCAUGUCUCUUGGCCAGGUCCUUGCAAGAAUUUAUGAAUCUAUAAUCACCUAAUUUGACACAGUUACCACUAUAACAUACAAAAACAGUGUGUAGUCUGAACCUGGCAUUAGACAGCCUCCAAACUGCCGCUGCCGUCUGGCCGCCACUCAUUUUUUUCUGAGGAAAGCGGCCAAACACACUGACUGCAUUCAGACUUAGCCUUGGUCUUGAUUUGAAAGUGUGUUAGCAUAAAUUCUCCAGACUGUCGGUUGGACAGCAGAUCUACUGGCUAGCUUCAUACAGAGCAGUGCUGAUCUAUUUCAUUUGGCCUCCGGACCAACUACUGUAAUCACAGUGUUUGUCACACUAACCCAACAAAGCUCUACAUCAGCUUGUGGCAGCAAUAAGAUGACCGAUCAUGCGAGAAGAAAACUGGAUGAUACAUUUCAGAAUGCAAGCAGUUAAGUGCAUGGCCUGCAUUUAUCUUGGAUGUCAAAGUGGAGUUUAUGAGUGAAGUGAGUAUUUAUGUGUGAGGAGAGCAGCCUGUGAAUUGAAUACUCUUGACAUUUUUAACUCAGAUUUUGGUGUCGUAAAUUAGUGCCCAGGUUGCAAUCAGUUGUGCCAUUAAAAUAUUUAAUUUCUGUCAUUUCUGUCUCUAAUCAGUUAUAGUGUUGUAACACUGCCAUAAAUAUUGACUGAUUAUUGAUUUUGAACAGUUUGGCUUUUAGGAUGGACAUGUGUUGACAAACUGUACCACUGUUAAUAGGUUAAGGUUCUCCAAAUGUGGUCCCUGGUCAAUGUUUGAUAUUUGGCACCUUAUAAAUGUCAAUAUAUGUCUCCACACCCUCUUUGUCAGCCCUCAGUGUUCUUAACUGAAGCCGCCUGAAAUUCUUAGUUCUGGAUUAGUUUCACAGUAAGUAGCAGUUUUUCAUAGGUAGACUUGUUUUGCUACCCUCUAUGUACAAAUGUACAGUCCUUGUCAGUUUGCUGGUAUAUGUCAUGACGUUUUAUUUUAAUAAUCAGUUUCUUUUUUUGUUGUUGUUGUUUAAAAACAUGACCAAAAGAUGUUUUAUUCUUUGAGAGCAGAACAACCACAACCUUUAAUAAAUGAAGAAGUUCUCAAAGUU